CAGGUUGAAGAUGUGGUCAUCGUUGAAGAUCUAACCAAGUGGCAAGAACUGGUAAAUGAGUGUGAUGCUCUCCAGUGGAAGUUAGAUCACGCCAAUGUAAGGUUUUAUUUGUUGUUUGUUUGUUUGUUUUGUUUUGUUUUUUUGCUUUCAGUCUAUUUUAUUAUCAUAAAGAAUCCCUGAUUUUUUUAUUUUUUUAUUUUAGCUUAAAGAUUAUUACUUAAGUAAACAUCCAGAAAAAAAUCUUGUUCGUAUCAUUUUUAUCACCGAUUUUUUUUUUUGUUGACAAGAUAACCUGUGAAAGUAGACUUAUUUCCGGUCGUCGCUUCUCUGCAUCCGAAACUUGCCCGUAACUUUUGAGGUGAAGAGAAGCGACGACCGGAGCCGAGAUUCAUCUGCGUUAGUCGCAUGCAGGCUAGCCAGGACGAGAAAAUGACAUUUAGCUUCUGAUUGACCGCUUAUAACCGUUGAUGAAUUUGCCAGGAAGGAUUUAUCCACUUGUUUACUUCUUGUUGUUGGCUGUACACGAACAAAUAGGAGAAAAACCCACACACAGGAAGUUUAUCUGUUGUGGAACAAAAUUUGACUCAAUCAGCCAAUAUGGAACAGAGCUUGAAGUAAGAACUUUAAUACCUAAGUUAAAACUUAACAAAGUAAUAGAUAAUUGUGCUCAAUGAUCUGCAUUUUGGCGAUAAUACUCCGUUGGCAAAAUUAUCGCGAAAACGCUGGAGAAAGGUGGCUUCGCGGGAAGUCAGUGGAAUCGCGUUCCUUUGCUUGGUUUUCUUUAUACUUCAGCAUUAACUACCAAGGCAUAGGGUCUUCAAAGUCUUUUAGAAACCCUUCAGCAAGAUCUCCACCAUAAAUAAUUUAAUUGAUGUCGUCCCAUACAAGGUAAUCCAAGACAGACUGAUUCCGGAUUUUUUUUUUCAGUGGAACUUGGAUUUUGGAUUCUAAUCGUUAGCGGGAUUCCCGAUUCCUUGAACUGAAUUCCGGAUUCCGAAGCCCAGGUUGCUCUACCACUUUCGUCAGGUCAACAAUCUUUGAUAUGUUUUCCCUUCGCAGGCAGUACAAGCAAAAUUAGACGAAGAGACGGAGAAGAAACACAACCUGUUUCCGUGCUGUUUUGUGGUUUUCCGUUCUCUUCGUGCAUCAACUCUUGCUCUUCAAAGUGAUUGGGAUAACUCUCCCCUAGAAGUCGAUGUUAUACCAGCUACUGAACUGGCCAGCGUGCUGUGGAACAACCUGCCUAUUGGCCUUUGGCAAAGGUGCUCUUAUUUAUACCUAGCAUAAGUUAUAUUCCCCCAUCCGGUACGUUAAGAAGGACAGAGCAGGCGUUUUUUUUUUUUUUUUUAACGAAACCUCAGAGUAGAGCUCCUGACUCAGAGGUACAUUGGUCGCGGCCGCCAUCUUGAAAACAAUUGAAAACCUAAGGGACCAGGGACGGUCAACGGAAACCUCUCCCUUGGAAUAAUUUUUUGACUCGCCUUAAGUCUCUGUAGGGUGGAUGGAUGGGACAACAUUUAUGAUUUCAUCUUUUGUACUGCAAAAUACGCCUGCUUUGCAGACUAAUGAUUUAGUGGUUUCUGGUUGUUAGUGGUUCUACGAGAGUAGAACUGGAGGAGGUCUUUUACGAGGAAAAGUGCAGACACAUCUUUUUUGCGUGCACUUACUAAGUUACAAUAUUAUGUAGUUUCGUCAUCAGACUAUUGUAUCAGGGUCGCUUAGAAGAUGUCAAAAGCAAUGGAAUGCAAUGGAAAAGCGGUGGAACUGAAACAAUAAAAAAGUAACAAAAAUAAAUGGUCGCGGUGGAUUAGGAGAGGAAGUCGAUCCUUUACGAGUUCUAAUUUUAAGGAUUUAACUCGGAAAAUUUUUCAAUUAGUGUUUUGGAUAGGUAGUCGCUUAAUACGGGAGGUGAGAUAAGCAACUCGGCUCGCUUCCGUCGCAAGAAAAGGACCCCCUCCUUCAUAGAAGGUUGACGGGAGAGAGUAACAUUUCCUUUUGUACUUGGACAAUAAAAAUUCUUUUUGUGGUCAAUUAAAUUGCAAUUCAUUGCAAUUUAAUAAUUUUUCUAUCUUGUUACAUUAGGAAAUUGCGCACGACUCUGAUCUACGUCCUGGUGUUUUUGCUGGUGUUCUUUUGGACGGUGCCUGUAGCGUUUGCUUCAACGCUGGUCUCUUUACAAAACCUCACAAAAGUUGCUCCUUUUUUGAAACCAGGUGAGAUUUUACUGUUUUACCAACGCUUGAAUCCCAGGAUUACUCCCUGUAAUGGCGUAUAGGGGAAGGUUUCGCCCCGCCUGAAAGGGAUACCUUUUUGAGGCUUCAGGUGUAUAAUAAAAGCAUGAGGAUUUCAGUGGGAAAAGUAUAUGAAAGGGUAGGAAAAUCUGUCAUUUUGGUCUGUAAAAUGCCCUAAGGGGGAUAACAGACGCCAUUUUGUAGCUAUGAGUAAGAUAAGAAAACUUCCUGGUUUAGUGACUUUUGCAUAUUUAGAAGACCAUGCAUUCACAGCAGUUAAAAGAGAAGCAAAGUUCUGAAAAAGGUAUGUGAAAGGGGUAACAUUUGUCGAUAGAAGUUUAUAAAAAAGUGAUAUCUUUCCUAUCAAAAGGGGUAUAUAAAAGGGUAAGGGUUGAACCUCGGAGCUUUCUUGAGUUUUUCCCCGGGCUUGAAUUUCGUUUUAACUUUUGGUGUCCUCUCACCCCGGCUUUGCAUUUUCCAAUUUGACCUGCAGUUCUAGAACUUCACGCUUUUGUUAAGGGAGCAAUCGAGGGCUUUUUAUCCGGCUUGGCAUUGUUGGUUUUCUUCGCUAUUUUGCCUCUGGUAAGUUUUUACUUCAUCUGAUAGCGUCAAUUUUUCGUCAGUACUUUGAUAAAGGCACCGACGCAGCCUUUUUUUGUGUGUGUCAUUACGUGACGACUCAAAGAAUGGUUUCGUAGGAGACUAUAAUUUGACUGCUUUUUUCACAUAGCUCAAAAUCCCGCACGACUCAUUCCUUUGUUCCGCAGCUCGUUCAGGCGGGUUAUUCACAAACCAGAAUGACAUACAGUCUGGAACGAGUUCAUUUUAUCUCCAUAUAUUUCUCUGUUUGUGUUUACAUGAUACCGAAACCACAUUUCGUUCCCCACACAAGUCAUUCUGGAAUUCAAUCCGAAUGAAACCGUCGUUCUGGUACAAGAUUUCAUUCUGGUAUCAUGUAAACCGAGAUCGAACUUCCUUCCGGAUUGAUUGUGUUUCUGAUCUGGCGCAAAAACCCCGCGAGCAGGAACGCCUUUGACGGAGUCGUUCGAUUUUAUCAUGUGAAUGCGGUACAAACUUCACUCUGGAACAAAACUCAUUUCGGAAUGAAAGUCAUUCCGGUAUCAUAUAAACACCCCCUCAGUAAAAACAAAUUUACUCGACAAGGGAUUAUAGUUUCUACUCUGAAACAAAGUUUCAGUUGAAAAUUAACCAGGAAAAAAACGUAGACAAUGUUAUAAUGGUAAAAUAAUAAUUAAUUUAUUUGGAACUAGACGACUCCAACUCCGACUCUCUUUCGCGGGCCCAUAAAGCCUGAUGCUUUAUUAUUACCGGUAUUAACAUACAGCACGUCUGGUCUGCCUGUGGUUAACCUGCGAUACGGCGCUUUUCUUUUUCGUCUCCCAAACAAAAAGGAAGACGCAGAUCGCCUGAUCGCAGGUUAGCCUGUGGUGACAAAAGGAAAGUCAAUUUUUUUGCGUAUUACUACUAUAAAAAUAACAUUUUGAUCCUGUGAUAGGUUCUGAGGCUUUUUAGCAAGCUUGAAGGAAUUCCUACGCAAAGUAGAGUAGACCAAUCCACGCUGCGAAAAUUGUUCAUUUUCAUGGUAAAUAACAUUUAUUUAAAUUUAUUCAAUUAGUUGUUGUCAGUGAGUGGUCAAUGCUAAGUAUAAACCUUAUAACCACGGCAGCUACUACAAAAUUCGUUUCUAUAGCGCUAUAAACUAUAAUUUACUAUUUUUAAGACUUUCACACUAUGCCGUAGAAUACUAAUUCUGAGCAACAUUCGUUUUCUUUAUUCCGACCUUCAGAUUCGUCCCAUUGCUUCCUAAGCCCUUUUUUUUCUUCACUGGGUCCUUUUUCAACAUUUCAGUGUUAAGUAACAUUAACUUAUGAGAGUUUAAUGGGGAUUCAGCUAUCGCUACUUACGUCAGUAGUAGCCAAAAAAGUAGCAGAAUUCGAAUCAUGACGUUUUCUGGCGUUUGAGGCCGGUUCAGAGCGCCACUAAAACAAUGAUGCAAAAGAGUUUCAGUUUACGUACUGUUUGUGUCUUUCUCCUCCUCCUCCUCCUUCUCCUUCUCCUUCUUCUUCUUCCUUUUUGUAUUUAUUCAUUGGCUUUACGUUCUUUCACAGCUUGUGAACAAGUUUCUGUUCAUGACUUUGGUUGGAUCAGCGCUCAAUAAGCUGAAGGAGAUGUUAGACAAUCCAAGCCAGAUUCCAACUUUCCUUGCUGAAUCCCUCCCCUCACAGUCACUGUUUUUCAUUUGCUACAUCAUGUUGGCAACACUGACUGGAUAUGCGCUGCAGCUACUGUGCAUUGCACCGCUUAUUAUAGUGGCUAUUAAGAGGAAAUGGCUUGUCAAGACGGAGCGCGAGGAGAAAGCAGCCUGGAGACCACCACCUGUCCUUUAUGACCGCAUAGUAAGUACAAUGACCUGGGAAAUAACUUCCUUAAGUUGCUAGGCAACUAGACUAGCCCCAGCCACAAAUUGCUCGGCAACGUUUGCCCAACUUUUGCCUUUUGGAGCAACUUUUAAUUUUGGGGGUAACUUGAUUAAAUUUUAAGCAACAUAAUUAAACAGUCCUGUAAUACUGUUUAGGCCAUGUUAUAUAUCCUUACUUAACAAAUGCUAUAUAGGUUGGGAUUGAGGAAUUCCCCCGACUUGUCCCUUGACAAUCUUGACGUGUAACGUCGAAUCAAAUUUCGACGAGGAAUACUGGGAACUAGGUUUGAUUUGGUUGCAGAGCAGGCAGGGGGUCGAGCAGGGACUUAGCAGGGCAACCUCCUCCUCGACCCAGGGUUUUCUCCUACUCGUCCCUCGGAGCGAAAGAGACGAGAAGGGGAGGACCCUGAAAACGAGGUUGUAGCAGGGGUUUUAUGAGGCCGUGCAUGCAUUGUCAGUAAGUUAACUAACGUUCUAAUCUCAUUUUAGUUCGCCAAUCACCUGUUCAUUCUGAUUGUGGGUUUGUCGUACUCGGCGCUUGCACCCAUUAUCACUCCGUUUGUGGCGCUGUACUUUGGCUUUGGCUACGUUGUGUGGAUGUAUCAGACGAUAAGUAUAUACAUCCCAAUAUACAGCUGUGGUGGAAUGAUGUGGCCCAUAACGUUUAACAGGUAAAACUUACAGUACAUAGCAUAACAUUUUGUAUUAAAUUAUGAUUGGCCUUCUCAUUGGCUAAGAUCCUACAGACAAUUUUGGAAAUUCGAGCAACCUACAGAUUCAGGUUAAUAUUGGAUGGCCUUGGAGGGGCGAAAAGAACUAUAACUAAUCGAUCAUCCAGUAACACAGUGUCAAGUCAUGAAGCCGCAAACUAACACGUUUAUCACCUGUGCAUAUUACUGCUAAAUGUACAAUUGAUUAGAAAAACCUAUUCUAAAAAGGACUCCGUCCAAGAUCAGAAAAAAUGAAACGAAAAUGGUUGUCCUUUGUUCUGCUCUUUUAUAAAACUUUAAGUUAGCAAGUUUUACACCCUAUUCAUGUAUAUGUAGUGGCGCCAAAAAAACGUAGCAAAUUAAUAUUUGAAUCACGGGCAGGGUUUUGAUUUGCGACGUGCAUGUUGCUUUUUUCUUCGUUUUUGUUCCCUAAUGCCCCUUUCUGCAGUCCAAGAUACAAAUUAUAUUUAAAAACCUAAACCGUUUUCCGCUUUAUAGGAUGAUCAUAGGAACAGCAGUGUUUCAGUUGUUGAUGGUUGGAGUGGUCGCUUUGAAGGGAUCUUUCGCAGCUUCAUGUUUGGUACUUCCGCUUCCGGUGGUGACGGUCUUCUUCUAUCUCUUCAUUCUGCAGCAUUAUAUAAGACCAUCAGCCAACUUGUCGCUUAAAGCUGCGCACAGCCUGGAAAAUCCUGCUGCUAACUUUUUGCAGGUUAGAUGUUGAGAGAGAAAGACAGACGAUCGUAUGUUUUCUAGAUCACCAUGUUUUCUUGACAAGACGCGUAUACUACGCGUUUAUUGGGCUGCUAUGGUCUAAUAUUUGCUUUGCUGAGUUUUAGCUCCUCCUAAACCAAGUAUAAACUAUUAAAAGCACUUGUUUCGGCUUUCAAUGGAUGGAAAAUUCUUAGUCACGGUCGGCCCGCUGCAGGGGAAAUAGGACACUUCAGUAACGCCUUCUAAGAGAUCUGUCGGCCAUUUUAUCUUUUUUCGACACAGACACCACCCAUGUUUUGAUUGAGCCACAGGCAGCCCAAUAAAAAGCCAACUCGAGACCUUUAGAAUAGACUACGGGUUCAGACGAGAGUGAGAAAUGUGCCUCGUAUAUAAUUACUCACGAGCGGGGGAGGACAGGGGAUAAGAGCUAUCGAGUGAAAUUUAAAUAAAACAAAAUAAGAAUACAAAUGGAACACAAACCCUGUAAGUUAUGGCUAGACGCCAUUUUAUCAAAGACCUAGUAAUAAGAACAUUUCCUGUUUUAUACCGUUGGUUGAGUGAUUUAAGUAAGAAUGACAUCUCUGUUUGCCUCUGACAGGACGUAAUCAAGGGUUACAUGAGAACCCAGGGAGUGCAGAUUCUUCCAGAGCCAGAAGUGCCAACAAGCGAAGAAAGAGAUGCGUCUGAUCAGGCCUCUGAUUUGGAAAAAAGUAUUCCUCUAACUGCAGCUUCCGAUGAUGUGAAGCUGGACGUGUAA